UAACAAAAUCCCAAGAACCGUCCUUUCUCUCUCUCUCUCUCUCUCUCUCUCCCGUUUAGUUCAUCGCCAUCGCCAUCAAAUCAUCAAUUGUGUCUAUCUCUUCUCUCCUCAUUCGUCUUCCUCGCCGAUUUAAUUCAACGAACUGUAUUGGCAAGUAAGAUUCAGAAGGUAACACCUUAUCGUCCCUUCCCCCACUCUAGAUCUUCCUUUACCUUGCAAAAUUUUACAUUACUUGGCCCUGGCUUCUUCUCCCUUCCUUUUUCUCUGUGGUUCUCAUUGGGUUGCCGGUAUUCCAACUUCUAGAAUCAAGUUUGGUAGAUUCUCAAUUCGUUCCCUGCUUAGAAAGUCAAUUCCAAUUGAUUUUCAUCUGCUACCUUUUCCUCUAGUUGGCUGGAAUCCUUAGCGGGAGAGGAUGUAUUGUUCUUUCCUUGUUUUAGGUUUCUGGAUUUUUUUUGGCUAGGGUUUCUGAAUUUUGGGAAUGAUACCUUUUGUGAACUUUUUGCCUGAUGUUGUUUAAUUGGUUUGGGGUUAUGGUUGUUGCAAAUUUGAUCAGUGGGUAUUUGCAAAGCACUUAGCUUUAUGGUUUCUAAAUGAGGGGUUGUUGCUUUGAUAAACGCAGGAGUCGGCCAUGUCCCACGAGAGACACCAAUCGGGUGAGUUGAAUUACAUGGCAGAAGAAGCUGAAAUGGCUGAUUUCGUUGAUGAAAUCGAUGAAGACAACUAUGGGGCUGCGGCGGCUGGAGGUGGAGUUGAUGUGGAAAUGGAGGCUGAUGAAUAUGACAUGCUUACCAAGGUGACCGACACAUCUUCUGCCCAAGCUAGGAUGGGCAAAGAUAUACAGGGUAUUCCAUGGGAAAGAUUGAACAUAACCAGAGAGAAGUACAGAUUGACAAGGCUUGAACAGUAUAAGAACUACGAAAACAUCCCUUUGUCUGGGGAAUUUGUUGAUAAGGCUUGUAAACCAACAGAUAAGGGGGCCAACUUCUAUGAAUUCUUCUACAAUACUCGAUUGGUCAAACCCACAAUUCUUCAUUUCCAGCUAAGGAACUUGGUUUGGGCUACUUCAAAACAUGAUGUGUAUCUGAUGUCUAACUACUCCGUCAUGCACUGGUCAUCAUUGUCUUGCAACUUAUCUGAGGUCAUUAAUUUUGCAGGGCAUGUAGCCCCUGAUGAGAAACAUUCAGGAAGCUUGCUGGAAGGUUUCACACAAACUCAAAUAAGCACUUUAGCUGUUAAAGAUAAUUUCUUAGUUGCAGGGGGCUUCCAGGGAGAGCUUACUUGCAAGCGUUUAGGUAAACAAGGAGUUAGCUUUUGCACCCGCACUACCUAUGACGAUAAUGCCAUUACAAACUCCAUUGAAAUAUACGAUGGCUUGAGUGGUGGAAUUCACUUCAUGGCAGCCAACAACGAUUGUGGUGUGAGGGAAUAUGAUAUGGAGAGGUUUCAGCUCCUGAAUCAUUUCUUGUUCCCUUGGCCAGUGAAUCAUACAUCAAUUAGCCCUGACAAAAGACUGGUUACUGUUGUUGGCGAUAACUUGGAUGGACUGCUGGUUGAUUCCCAAAAUGGAAAGACGGUAUCCACGAUGGCAGGCCAUCUAGAUUACUCUUUCGCCUCGGCAUGGCAUCCCAAUGGCCUCGUUUUUGCAACAGGGAAUCAGGAUAAGACAUGUCGCGUAUGGGACAUUAGGAACUUGUCGUCCCCCGUGGCAACCCUGAAGGGCAACCUAGGAGCAGUACGGUCAAUCCGAUUCUCAUCGGACGGCCAGUUCAUGGUGGUGGCCGAGCCCGCCGAUUUCGUGCACGUAUAUAGCACGAAACAAAACUACGAGAGAAGGCAAGAGGUGGACUUCUUCGGCGAGAUAUCAGGAGUAGCACUCAGCCCAGAUGACGAGUCGUUAUACAUAGGAAUAUGGGACCGGACAUAUGCGAGCUUGCUACAGUAUAACAGACGGCAUAGCUACGGGUAUCUGGAUUCCUGCUUGUGAUGAUGUUAGAAUAAGGGGGGUUGCCUGUAGUUGGAAGGGAAAGGACCUAGGGAAGGGUUCAAGGGAUGAGAUGUUUUGAUUUCUUGUUUGUUUUGUAAUCCUUCAGUGGUUGGAGGUCCUUAUAAUUUAGAAGGUGGUGUUGCUAGGGGGGAUUUUGGUUGAGGAAUGUGGUAAAAGUGAGAGAUGGUGACUUGAAAAAAAAGGUGAGAAUAAUUGAACUUCUGGGUCCGUCUGGUUGUUAGACCUUCUUGUAUAGAUGAUACCAUAUAACUACAUAAAAAUACUGUCACAAGUCGAAUGCGCGAUGAGUCAUAUAACUUGGGUUGGAGUGGAGCUAUGGAAGUGGUGAUUCUGUGUACUUUAUCUUCAUCUAUAUCUCCGUCAUCUGUUGGCUGUUGCCUCCCCUGCUGUAAAGAAUCGUUUCUUCUUUGCUACGUACUUCUGUACGCGAUGCAAGGUAGUCGUAUUUUGACGCUAAAUGGUAAUACAUUCGUUGGUAGUCGAUGAGAUUCGAUUACCUGACCA